GUUUUGCAGUGGCAGGCAAACGCGACGUGGUACACGGUACAGUUUUGGAAAACGGGUUUUCCGACCAUCCAACAACGUUUUCCAUCGAUUGAUCCGCUUGUUGUUUUUCGGGAAUUUUAUUUUUCCAUGGAGAAGUUUGUUGAUUUGUUGUUGUUGAUCCGGGAGUGUUUUGUCUGAUUGAGGCGCCACCGUGGGGGGACGGGGCAUCAUGUUCUAACGCGCGCAGUUUUCGCUGAUAAAAUGCUAAAAUCGUUCUCGCUGUCUCUCUGCCUGCUGCCUCUCUCUAUGCCUUCCACUUAGCAACUUGACCCAGAAAAGACAAUUGUCAGCAAAUAGCUUGAGCGAAAAAUCCCCCCUGAAAUUCCUGUCCGCCUGUCUUGUCUGGCUCGUUUUUCCGUUUGGCGGGCGCCUUCGGUGUGCAUGUAUCUGGUUUAUUCAUUUAUCGCGAUUUGGCCGAGCGUUGCAUGAUCAUUUUCUGCUGGCGUCUCGUCUCCGAUUCCCGUUUAUUUUUUCGACGAAAUUCUGUCGUGAUUUUCUGGAUUAUUUAAUCAGCAAAAAACAACGAAAGUUUGGUAUUGGAUUUGUUUGUGGGAUGAUUGAUUGUUGUGCGUGGUGGUGAUUGAUUGGAGAGCGGCCUGUUGUUCAGCGUGAAGAUGGGCAGUCAAGCGGAAGUCGCGGUGGGACGACGGUUUAUCUGCUGCGUGGGCGCUAAGGAGACCGAUCAGCUGGAGAAGAUCCCCUGGAAGACGGGCAUUAUCCGUGCCGCGGCGGAACAGCCGCUGGCGGAUAUUGAGCAACAGUUCUGCGUGGAGUGGGAUUCUAAGGAUCCGGCGAAUAACAAGCACGAAUGGGUGUAUUUACACGAGACACCGGAAGACGACAGGCACGAAGAUGUGGGCGGCGGCAACUAUUCGUGCUUCCUCGUGGAGGAUAAACUCAUGUGGUACGACGCCGAGAAGCUGUCUUCCAAAAAGGCCAACCAUGCCAGCAAGUUCGCCUUCCGGCCGGUGCUGACAUUUAAAGCGUUGGUGGACAAAUCGAAGAUUGUGGAGAGCGGACGCAUGCCGGUGAUGCUCCUGGCUGACCACUCUCUGGCCUUCGUCGACAAGGACCAAAAUGGCGCCAUUCCCGUGCAGCAGCACCAGACGUCGCUGAGUGUGAAGGGCGAGAGCUGGUCGGUGCCGGCGCCGGAGCAGACGGCCAUCAACGCCUGGUUCGACACGCGGCGCAACCAGUCGCGGUUGUGCGUGGAACGCGACCGCCAGCUGAUCGGCCAGAGCGUCAACGUGUACUGGAAGGACGGCGCCAAGCAGCGCUGGUACGCCGGCUGCCUCAAGGCCUUCAACAACAAGGACGGCACCGUCGUCGUCAUGGACUACAACGUCACACAGGAUCGCAAAGUGGAUCCGCGUCUGGAGGAGAUCCAGAUCAUCAAGGAUCUGGGCCGGGCCAACACCAGCACCACUUCGUCCUCCCCGACGCCGGCGGCCGAAGGGGCGGGGCGUCGACCCAGUCGGCGCGCCGCCGAGCCGGUGGUCAGUGCGCGCAAACCGCCUCCGCCGCCGGUCAAACCGGCGCCCGCCAAACGCGGCCGGAAAGCCUCCAUGAAGAGCAUGAUGGAGAGCGACGAGACGGAUAAAUCAGAAACUCCGCUUUCGGUGGAAAAACCCAAGAAAGUCCCGGCGAAAAAUCAGCGAAAACCCUCGGUGACCCCGCCGGCAUCCAAGAAGCGCUCGCAUUCCGCGAAGGAAUCGUCUUCCGCGGCGAAACGGCCGCGCGGCCGCCCACCGGGCUCCAAAGCCGCCGCUUCCGCGACCAAGACGCCGCCCGCCAAACCGGCGCCCAAAGCCAAAUCCCCGGCGAAGAAGGCCUCCAUUUCGCCGAAAGAGACCAAGAAGAUGGUGUCCGAAGAUGAGGACGACGACGAUGAGGAACCGUUGGCGUUGCCGCGCAACGAUAUCAGCUCGGAGGGCUCAUCGGAUCAGGAGGAGGAGAGCUGGGGAUUGAGCAAGUUCUCCAAGCAGAAACUGGCCAAGAUCACGCCCGGCAAGCGGAAGCAGCGCUCGCCCAGUCCGCCCAAGCCGAAAGCGGAAGCGGCGCAACCGCGUCUCCCGCCGAAAAAACGCAUGGGCCGCGUGUCCCGCGUCGACUCAGACGAAGAAAUCAAAUCCUCGUUGGAAGAGGACGAAGAGAGCGAGGACGGUGGGGAUCUAUCCGAGGACUCGUUAACCAAAACCACCGGCAGCCGCGCCACCCGCGCCAAAGACAGCAAAACGAAGGACACCGUGAAAUCCACCGCCUUCGGGCGCCAAAUGACGGCGCGCGCCAAGAAGCACUACGUCAGCUACGCCGAGGACGACGACACAGACGACGAGGAGAUGGACGUGCCGCCCGCGCGUCUUCCCACCCCGCCUCCCCCGGCGCCGGUGGCGGCGCCCCCUCCGCCGCCCCCGGAAGUGAAAAAGAAGGCCCCCAGUCCGAAAAAAGAGGAACCCAAGGUGGAGAAGCCGCCGGAGGUAGUACCGCCGCCGCCGGUGGUGGUGGCCCCGGCCAAGAAGAAGGGGCGCGGGAAGAAGGAGGCCGCGGAGAAGGCGGAGGCAGUGCGGGAGGGCAAGGAGAAGGAGAAGGAGACGGAGGAGAAGCCGGGGAAGAGUAAUGCGGCUACGCCGGUUAGCGUCGGGAUUCCGACGUGGCCGCAUUUGACGACGAAACCGACACUGACGGCGUCCGCAGCGGGAAGUGGCGACCCGGUGGUCCCGAAGAAGAUGGCCAGAGUCGCCGCGCAACCGCAGCCACAGACUUCCACGGCGGAUUUCGCGCGGGAACGCGUCGGCGGCGGUGACCGCGACGCCCCCGCCGACUAUCUGCACCGCAACAACAACUUCCACCCGGCGCAACCGCCGCCGGCGACAGUCCACGCGGCAGCCGCGCCUCCGUACCCUUCCAACGCCGCCCCGCCCCCCAACGCAGCGCCCCCACCUGUGGAUUAUUAUCAGCCAUCCCCCGGCGGGCAUCCCCACCGCUACCCUACUCCCAGCGCCGCGUCUUACCAGGCGCCGUAUAAUUAUCAGCCGCAGCAGUCCACCGCCAGCCACCCGCAGCCGCCGGUGGCCCAGGCGCAUUCCAACCGCGGAGGCGGCGCGCAUCAGCAAUCAGGCGGGACCACCUCGCCCUUCCGCGCCACCACCCCCUCCCCGUACGUCCCGCGCAACUCCCCCGUCAGCAAUCCGCAACCGGCGCAGAGCGGCACGCCCACCGCCCCCGGCUACCCCCGCUCUUCGGGGACCAGCGCCCCCUACCCGGCCGGCAGCCAGCAGCAACAACAGCCCCCGCAUCCCGGCCAGCAGCAGUUCCCGCCGGGCUUCGCCCCCUUCUUCUACCCAGCCGGGACGCCGUUCGCCCCUGGGGCGCCGGGUGCGUGGGGCGCCGGCGGCGGCGUGGUGAUGGGCGGUCCGGGCGGGUAUCCGCUGCAUCUGCCCGGGCAGGCCGGCCAAUGGGAUCCCAGUAUGAUCUACGCCGGGAUGAUGCCGGCGCAGAUGCGCAGCGCCGAGGAACAGUACCGCAUGGCCGCCGCCGCCGCGAAUAAUCGCGCUGUGCGCUCCACGGCCACGUCGCCGGAUCUGCGGCCCAACAGCAAUCCCUUGACCGGGGUGAUCACGGGCGCCAUGCAGGCCCUGCACAACUUCUCCAUUCCCUCACCGCCCCUGCCCACCGCCGGCGGCUUCCCGCUGCCUUACCACCCAGCCGCCGGGCAGUCACCCGUGGCGCGCAGUUCCCCGGCCAGUCUUCCCGGCAACCUCCAGGAUGCCGCCCCGCCCACCAGCAAGCACGCCACCGAGCCCGCGGCGUCCCGGAAGGCUGUUCCGGAGGUGCCGCCGGCCGCCCGCCAGAGUCCCAAGAUGGGCAAGAAGAAGUCGCCCAGUCCCAAGGAGAAGGAGGCGGUCAGUGGGAAGGGCGGGAAGGUGUCCCCGCCGACCACCACCAGCAGCGCCCCGCAGGCGGGCGAGCCCUGUCCCCUGACCAUGCUCAGCGCCAUUGCCACCUCCAUGAUGCCGGUGGCCACCGGCGGGAAGGAGAAGGACAAGGAGGAGGGCAAGGAGAAGGCGCCGGCGGUGGAGACCGUUGUUGAGAGCAGAUCUCAGAGUAUGAUCAUCGCGGAGAAAUCCGAAACCCUGCCCACACCGACACCCAUCGCGGCGUCCACACUGACCACCACGACGACGACGACGACCACCAACGCGGGGAGCAUUGUGAGUGAACAGGUGACCGCCGGGGCGGGCGGCCGUGUUGAGGCGCCCAUCGCAGCGGCGCCCGUGGUGGCGCAGGAGACGCUGGUCACCGUAGUGGCUGUUGAGACCACCGCACACACACCCCCACCACCCCCCACACUGUCUAACACCACCACCGACGAGGGCGACGCAGGCGGCGGGGCCGAGAAGGUGGCCGCCGCCGCCGCGGCGCCCAUCGUCAGCUAUCCCAACUCGGAUGAGGAGGAGGAGGAUGAGCAGCGGCCGCGGCUGCGCAUCUGUGAUGAGGACGGCGGGAAACCUGGGACUGGGACGGUGGUCAAGGAGGUCGUUGAUGAAAGCAAGGAUUCCGUUGUGGAGAAUAACGGCAUCUCCAGCGACGCGGAAACGAAAGAAAUCCCCUUAACGGAAGCGGCCACGCCCAGCGCCGUGGACGCCACGGAAAAAUCGCCGAUUGUCACCGAGACGGUCACCGUGGAGAUCGCCCCGGAGUCCUCCGCCAACGAAGCGCCCAACACCGAAGAAAUCCCGCUGCCCGACGCCGGUAGCGCGCCGAGCACCUGAACAACACCGAAAACAAGAGAUGCGCGUUGUUUGUUUGUUUGUUGACCGGUGAUCCGGGUUGUUUUGUUUUUCCUCUUCGUCUCUCUCUCGCUACUUCUCUCCUUUAUCGUUUUUCUCGUUUUCCCUUCCCGCGUUGUACGCUUAGCUAAUUUUUUUUGGUGUUUUUUCAAGAAGGAUUUCGUUGGUUUUUAGUGGGUUAUUUUUGAUUAAUGCUUUUUUUACCGUAUUAAUUAAUUACAAAUUAUUAUUAGUAGAACGGGAGUGGUUUUUGUCCUCCCUGGAGAAUGUUUUUUUUCUGCUUUUUUUUGUGGCUGAUGUUUUGUGUAAUUUUAUGUGGAUGCGAUGGCGUGGAAAAUUGAUUAUGCUGUUUUUUUUUAAAAAAAUGGGGCGUUGGCGGAACAAAAUUAUUUCGGAUUAAAAUACGACGAUUUUCUGUGGA